AUGGAGAACGACGCUCCUUUCGUCGUGGAAGCGGAUGAGGAUGCACGCCUGCGUGCUGCAAGGGAGGGAAGCGAGCACGUCUCUGAAGCGACGCCGUUGCUUCUAGAAGGCAAUUCGGAAUCGCCUGCUGCCGCUGGCUCCCUAGACGAAGACGACGCCUGCAUUCAGAAGCCUUGGCUUGGAGUAGACGGUUUUGAGGAAAAGCCGCUGUGGAGAAGACCAUCGAUAUGGUGGUUGAUUCUCCCUCUGCUGCCGUUUACGCUGGCCUUCGGUGGACUGACCGUGCCCAAGCUGAACCUGAUCCUCAACCUCAUCUGCAGAGACUACUUCUCCGAUCUGGCGUCCAAAGAUCCGCAGCAGUUCACCCAUCUGCCGGUCAUCUUUGGUGACAACAACGACCAAUGCAGGAUCCCGGAGGUGCAGUCCCGCGUGAUGCGGUUCAACCUGUACUACACUCUGGUGUCAGGACUUUUGUCGGCGGUGAUGAGCCCUCGACUGGGCGAUCUGUCCGAUCGGUACGGACGCACACCACUCCUGGCCCUCUCGACGCUUGGCGUCCUGGUGGGAGAGAUGUUUACCAUCAUUGUCGCAACCAGGCCCGAGACGGCCUCGGUGAAACUGCUCCUGGUGGGCGCCGCCGUCGAUGGUCUCUGCGGAUCAUUCACGACCGGCAUCGCCCUGGUGAACUCGUACGCAGCCGACUGCACCCCUCCAGAGAGGCGGAACGUCGUCUUUGGUUACUUUCACGGGGUCCUGUUCACCGGUCUCGCGUUGGGGCCCUUUCUGGUUGGUCUUCUGAUCAAGCUGACCGGCAACGUCGUCGACGUCUUCUACACGGUUCUGGGCUGCCACGCCUUUUACUUUCUCAUGGUGACUUUUGUCGUUCCCGAAUCGGUGUCGAGGGAGCGCCAGCUGAUAGCCCGCGAAAAACAUCGCGCAAAGCAGCUGGACGAGGAGGGCAGCUCCGCUUGGGUUUGGAACCCAAUGAACCUGUUGAAGCCUUUGGGGAUUCUUUUCCCAAAGGUCGAUGUGCCGGGGCUGUCUCCCCACCGGCGAAGUCUUCUUGCGGCCCUGCGGAGAAACCUCAUUCUCCUGGCCUCGAUUGACACGUUGUUGUUUGGGGUAGCCAUGGGCACGAUGCAGGUCAUCGUGAUCUACGCCGAAUAUAUGUACGGAUGGGGCAACUACGAAUCCAGCCAUUUUGUGUCCCUUGCCAGUACCGUCCGUGUGAUCACUCUGCUGGCGGUGCUGCCGACGGUAACGCGACUGGUGCGCGGACCCCAGAGCGGGCGACAGGUCAACUCGGGGUGCGACAUGCUGGACAUUGGCAUUAUCCGGCUGUCGAUUCUGUUCGAUCUGGCAGGAUACAUUGGGUAUACCACCGUCCGCACCGGCGGCCUGAUGAUGCUGUCGGCGAUGAUUGCGGCCUUCGGGGGCAUGGGCUCGCCGACGCUGCAGUCGUCGCUGACGAAGCACGUCCCUCCGGAGCGCACCGGACAGAUCCUGGGCGCAACGGGGCUCUUGCAUGCGCUUGCCCGUGUCGUUGCGCCGACCGUGUUCAACCUGAUCUACAGCGUGACGGUAGGAAAGUUCACGCAGGCGGUCUUCGUCUGCCUUGCCUCGGUGUUUGGACUGGCCUUUAUCCUGAGCUGGUUUAUUCAGCCGAAUGAGGGAAUUUUCGUUCAGAUCUAUGGCUUGAAUCUAUUUGAAUCACGGGAGUGGUUGCGGGCACAUGACUCGGCCUGCUGCGCUGCCGGAAAAUUUCCAGCUCUCCGACGGCUCGAGAGACUGUUUUCCUCGACGUCGCUUCUUCAACAGACGUCUUUUAUUUUAUCGAUCGUCAACUCUCGUUACGCCCAUUUCUCGGUUUGUUUCUCUUCAUUUUGCACAUUCCUCCACUCAAUUGACCUCAAUGCAUCUUCUCAUGUCCCGUCCUUGAUUGAGGUUCCCUCGCGGUAUCCUCCUGCCUCUUUUCUUCUCACGCUCCUCUCAAUGUUGUCCAAGCGCGGCGGAUCCGCGACGGUGCCCUCCAGGAACGCCCUCCGGGUGCUUCGACGCCUCGCACUGGCUGGUUCGACGGUUGGGAGCGUCUGUACGAUUGCGACCAUCACCUACGAUGUGCACCGCCGGGUCCGCGUCGCCGAGCGCAUCAUCGAGAACAAACGGACCAUCCAGUCCUCCACUCCGUACUACAAUGCCACCGCCGCGGCCAAAAGACUCGCGCGGAUGAUAGAAGCCGCGGAGGAAGGGGAGUUCGACGGUCUGGAGUCUUUGAAAGGGGAGGGCUGGAAGAAGUCCUCCGGGUCAAACGGGUCCGGGCAGAGCAGUGGUGGUGCCUCGUCAGCAGAAGACCCUGGCGGCAGUGAUCCUACAAAACCAAAGUCGACCGUCCCUCUCAUAAAACCUCCAAGAUGGCCCCUGGAGCAUGCACCAAUUCUUACGGGUCCCAAGAUACCAGAGCUAGCCAACGCGGCGGUUUCGAAGGACGCAGACAAAGACAUGUCCCAGAAUGAAACGACAACUACGGAUUCGGGGUCUGUGAAGAUCACUCCUGAUCCAGCCUCUUGCCUCGAGACGAUUCGUUCUCUGCUUGACCGUGACCGUAUCAUCGAGGCGGCGGAGGUGUUCCUCAAUGCCCACCCGCCCACUGUGAAAGGCCUGUCCUCCGAGCGACGAGAGCUCGCAUUGAAGAUUUUUUACCUCAAUUGCAGGGAGGAGAACGUCUUCAUUGCAAGGAGCAUAUUCGAGCGCCUUGAGGCCAUCGAUCAUAUUUCGCCGCGCAUGUGGAAGGUGCUAAUCGUGGCGUUGGCAAGCAGAGGUGCUGUUGAGUCGGCUGCCCAGCUCUACAUGAGAUAUAGGAACACCAUCCCCUUGCCGCCGUUCAUGAUCGACGUAGUCCUGAGAUCUCUGCUCGAGUCCCACCGACUCCGGGCUGCGAGAUGGCUGAUGUACGGGAGCAUCAAGCACGACAAAGAUUGCGGCCUGUGCGGCAUAUUCCUGGCCGGGCUGUGGAGGAAGACCAGGAAUAUCGAUCUUCUCAACGGACAGUUCAAGAAAUUGCUCUCUCUGCUCCCGAGGUUUGGGAAGCGGCCAACCGAGAAGCUCUUCAACCCUGUGCUGAAAGCAUAUGUGGAGUUUGGCCGGAUGGCGGAUGCAGAGGCCCUGGUGCACGACAUGCAGACGAAAUAUGAUGUCCCUCUCAGUUGUCGAACCAUGGGUCUGCUGCUGUACGCCAAGGCACUGGCCUGUGAAUGGGAUGCGGUCGAGCAGGGAUUGCAGGAGAUGCAUGAUCUCCAAUUCACGAAGAAGCGGGAGGAUUUCCUGGGGGUUUUCGACCGGAUCUUUCUGGAAUAUUGGGUGUCCCAUUCGGGGACCGCAAUCCGGGACUUCUUCUUCCGCUGCGUGGAGAAGUUUUCGAUCGUGCCAGAUCGAGUUCUAUACGAACAUGUUCUGGAGGCCUUCGUGGAGAAAGGCGACGUGAACAUGGUGGCGGAAUUGAUCCGUUUUGCGCGGGAUCGCAAGUGGAACAUUCCCUUCGAUGAAGAGGAGUUCGUGGAAAUGCUCCGCGAACGGCGGCUCGCCCGCGAGCGCAGUCCCACGGGGUUCUGGCAGAUGCUGCAGGCUGCUCGAGUGAAGUACGGGCAGUCGGCGGCCUCGCAGCAGAUUCUGGGAUAUGACCAACGCUCGCUUCCCUUGCCGGAAGUCAACAUGAUGCCCGGCACGUUCAGCUGGCCCGCUUGGUACGAGAGGACGAUGGAGGAGGUGUUGCCGCCGCGGACUGCGGAUCAGUUCCAGCGACUCGAGAAGCGGAUGAGUCAUUAUAUGCAUGCGGGCAACAACAAGGAGGCCUUGAAGGCGUUCGAGGAAGCAAAAGCGUCGCGUUUCCUGUUAAAGCCGGUCCAUAUUGAACUGGCGGUGAUCGCGACUCUGGUUGAGCAUGGUCUGGAUUCGGCUCGAGCGCUGAUCGAAGAGGAGUGGAGAACUCUCCGCCAAACGACGCGUUUCUUCCCGCUGUUUUUCCGUCAGGUUACAGAGUGUCAGCCGGUCCAUGAAACCGAGGUGAUCAAGCUGGCGGUCUUUCGCUUCUACAAUCUCUGUUGGGAGUCGCCUUUUUUGCUCGUGAAACACCACUUUAUGAUUUCCACCGCGCACCAGCUGAUCAAGAGGGACAAAUACGAUGCGGCCCUGGAUCUGCUGACCACGGCGUACAAAUCUCGCUGGGGCCGCCGCGAUAAGUUCGACGGGACGUGCAUGAAGAUGUUUGUGCGCGCGUUCGCGGCCAAGGACCGGCUGAAGGGGGUGCGGUGGUGCAUUCUGACGGGCCUCUCGCGGGGGUCGGCCGUGAACAAGGACUUCGUGGUCGAGGUGCGCCGGGUGCUGGCGGCGCUGCGACUGAAGCCGCGGUGGCAGCGGACGCUGCGGGGGAAAGAGCGCAGGGUGUAUCUCGCGUAUCUGGACUUCCUGGCGGAUCUGCUGGAGAAGAAGAGCGAAGGCGUUCCGGAGCUGCUCGAGCUGCGGGUCAACCGGACGGAGAAGCACCGGGGCCGCAAGCUGAGGGCGUGGACGCCGAGCGACGACCGUCCCCGGUGCAACUUUGCCAGCGUGCGGCGCAUCGUCGAGGCGUGGGACGAGGAGUAUGAGCUGGACAGGCUGUGCGGGUGGCUGCAUGCGCACAAUCCGCAGACAUUGCUGAGGCAGUGGAACCAAAGGCGGGUUCUGGAAAUGGGGGAAUGCUAUGUCGAGAAGUGA